AAUUUGUACUAUCAUUGUUCAGUAUAUAUACAGAUAUUUGUAGUUCCAAAUAAUGUGGAGUCCUACUGAUGUUGUAGUGACUGUUCGACAGGCAAGAAACUUGUUGGUUAAAGGAAAAAGUGGUUCCAAUGAAGCAUAUGCUACUAUUGAGUUCUGCAAAGAUAAAUAUUUAACCUCCACAGAUAAAUCGACGACUCCUCGAUGGUUCACACAGUGUUCAUUCACCCUGCCACAAGGUGGUGUCUUUCACAACAAGAUAGUUGUCCAUGUUACUGUAAUGAACAAGAGACAUGGAAAACUGGGCUUGGAAUCCGACGACUUUCUCGGCCAAGUUUCAGUCCCUUUAUCAGCACUCAACUCGUGUGACAACAAGGAACGUGCAAGAUGGUACGAGUUAAAUGGCAAAAAGAGUGGAAAUAAAAAAGAGAGAGGGGAAGUAGAGAUUUCAUUCAAAUUCAUCAGCCAGGAAAAGAGCCAAGUCCUCCCUGUUAAAAAAGAGAAACCAAUGAAGAUCAUCAGUACUGGCUUCCGGAGUAAGCUGCGAAGAAGAUCAGAAGAUGAGGAUUCAGGUGUCGGGAUCAGUGACGGGGAUCGAACAUCUAGCAUGGGAAGAGGCAGAUCAUAUGAGAAUCUAUCAAUGCCUUCAAUAACUGACCAGCCUAUGCCGACUCCGUUUGAAAGAACUUUCCGCACAAGUUCAACGAACAGCUCUCCUGGUUCAUUAGUAUCAGCAAGAGGGUCUGCAAAAUUAAAAAACAGCAACCUAUCUUCAAAAGCCAUGAGUGUAGAAGUGCUUCAUCGCCCUCCAACCAACCAAACCACCUCAUUAUAUCGGUCUAACUCAGGUGGCAACAGUGUUGGUGGUGGUAGUAAGAACACUUUACAAGUACCGGUGAUUAAAAAGCACAUUAGGAACCAUUCGCUGCCCGAAAAUCACUUAAAAACCGUUCUCGGACAACUGAGGAAAAAUGACCAAGCUUCAAAAAGUGCUCUCUGUGUGAAUGGCUCACAUUUCUAUGUACCAGGUACAGGUGAUUCUGGUCACGGUAGCAAUGCAAGCUCUCCUGAAGUAAAACCUCGAAGCACAUCUAUGACAGAUAUUCACAAAGCUGAUUGCCCCACCCAUAACACACUAAACAAGAACGAUUCAAACUCAGUGAAACGUAACGUCACACAUGACUCGAGCCAAAGUAGAAUGAAACCAAUCGCUCCCAUCACAGCUUUAUAUAAACCAAAAAAUUAUUAUCGUUUAGAUGUCAAAGAACUUGGAAAAGUGUCCACCAUACAUGAGGAACCAGACACUACAUUACAAACAAUGUCACAUAAAGACCUUGUUAAGUUGGCAAGCAAACAGAAGAUGAUAAUUGCCGACAAGAACCAAACUAUAAGGGAGUUAGAAGAUUACAUUGACAGCCUUCUAGUCAAAGUAAUGGUUUGUACACCAGAUAUACUGGAUGUUCAGAGCAGCCAUAUCACUAAACUGUGAACAUUGAUAUACGAUUAGGAAAUAUCAUUUGUAGAGAAAACGGUGCUUACGUAUUUUCAUAUCAAAUUUAUUUUUACCCCAUAGCGCUCACACCAUACCUUUUCUUUUUAUUGUUUUUUUUCAACCUUUUUUUCGGAAUGUUUUUUUUUUGAUCUGAAUCUGAAGCAAUGGAUUUCUACUUGCAUUGUUUUUAAGCAAUAAUCUGUUUUUGGGAAAAAACUAAAAUAAUAAAUUUUCAAUUUCUAUAGCAUAGUGUUAAUUUUAUCCCUGUGUUGCAAAAUCACAUCAGUGUAAUGUAUUAUAAACCCCUCGGUGAAUUAUUUACUUAUUCUAAUUUCUUUACCUUUUGCUCUUUUAACAUUUUUUUAUGGUGCACCAUGUUUGUCGUGCUUAAUGAUUAUAAAAAGCUGCAAGUUCGCAAAGUGAGUUAUUUUGCCAAACUUCAUAUUGACUAAAUGUUAUUGCGCUACAUGUUCACUUUUUUUAAAUAGCCUGUAUUUUCUUUAAUAUCAACCGUACAAAACUAUUUUUAUGUUAUUGCUAGUUUGUGUUUACCUUCUGUUGUUGUUCUGCCUUACCUUGAAGCAAAAUGUAUAUUUGUGAGAUUAAAAUAGUACAGUUCUGUAAAAGAAAUAAAACAAGACAGCAGAAUCUGCGAAAGU